CCAAAAACACGAACACCAAAUGGCGGCGACGGCGCCGUUCAACGGCAUAGCGAAGGGCGGUUCGCGCACAGUACUGAUAACCGGAGUUAGUAAAGGACUCGGACGAGCCCUAGCUUUGGAGAUGGCCAAGCGCGGCCACACUGUAAUCGGAUGCUCCCGCACGCAAGAGCAGCUGAACUCCCUCCAAUCUGAAUUCCCCAACUCAGAUAAUCAUCUCUUCCUCAGUGUUGACGUGAAGUCAAAUAGUAGUGUCGAAGAAUUAGCGCGCGUUGUGGCGGAGAAAAACGGUGUUCCGGAUAUUGUAGUAAAUAAUGCAGGUACCAUUAAUAAAAAUAACAAGAUAUGGGAGGUUCCCCCAGAAGAAUUUGAUGCUGUUAUCGAUACUAAUGUUAAAGGGAUAGCAAAUGUGUUGCGUCACUUCAUCCCACUGAUGAUCACGAAAAAGCAGGGGAUUAUUGUUAAUAUGUCUUCUGGCUGGGGAAGAUCUGGUGCUGCCCUGGUUGCACCUUAUUGUGCAUCGAAAUGGGCUGUUGAAGGAUUAUCCAGAUCAGUGGCAAAGGAAUUACCUGAUGGGAUGGCAGUCGUUGCUUUAAAUCCUGGUGUCAUAAACACUGACAUGCUUGCAUCAUGCUUUGGCACUUCAGCUGCCUUAUACCAGGCACCUGAUGCAUGGGCUUUGAAGGCAGCUACAAUGAUACUCAAUCUUACUGGGGCAGACAAUGGUGCAUCUCUAACCGUAUGAUAAAAGCAGCUAUUUAACAUUAUUGACAUCCAUGUCGGCAUGAGUUGCAUAUCAUUGACCAAACCAGAGUUACUCUUCCUUUGUCAAAGUCGGAGAUAGAUAAAGUGAACCAUACUUCCCUUCUCUGUCGCACCUCAAUUGCCUGGUGAACCACUCUGCUUUGUGAUGCUGCUCUUUAGGCUAAGAUAAUAGAUUCUAACCACUAGAAAGGCUUAUUAUUUAUGUAGGUAAGACCAAGCUAUUGAUUCCCUAUAGCCGUUCAUUUAGAAAUUCACUUCACUUAUUUCUUGCAGCCUUCAAUUAUCAAUUACACAAACAAAAGGUUGUAUCUUUUGGAAAUUGUCUUUCAUAUACGCUUUGGUUUUGCCUGAUUGAAGAUUUUCCUUCUUUAGCCGUGAAUCGUCUUCUACGAAAGAAAUUGCGUUC